UGUACGGUCGUCCGGAUCGCUGCAACGACGGCCCUCAUAAUACAAUCGAGUGCGCAAAGGCAUAGUGAGCAGGCAUACUACCCGUCUAACUUGCAACCAUCGAUGAUCGGACGAUCGUAUCGGUACAUUGAUAAUGUUAAUGUAGAAUUAUACUUCCUUUUAUCUUCGUCUCUUCUCUCACUUGAUCAUUCUCAAUCCAUUAUUAUGUUUGCUUUAACCUAUCAUUCUUCAUGCUGCUGUGGAGAAUUUUUAAAUCGUAACGUCAACCAAAAACAAAAACAACAAAAAAACCCAGGAUAAUUCCUUCGCUUUAAAAUAAGACAGCUUUUAAAAGAGGCAACUUUUUAAACAGAUGUGAUUUUGAAUGCAAGUAAUGUGAAAAACGGAACGUAAGGGGGGGAGGUGUUUUUUAGUGUGGUUAUGGUUCAUUUUUAGCAACCGAUUAAUUUAUCAGUCCUUCCCUUUUGGCCUCAUUGGCCGGCACGCCAUUUCUGUUAUACUCGACUCCGUGAUAUUGAUAUUAGAAUGCUCGAUCCGAGGAGCGUAGGUAGCAGAGCAACAUCAACAAGAAGAAACAAAACCAUGAUUUUCACAAAAAGGCUGUGCAAUAGAAACAAAGCUAUUUUGUUUAAAUUAAUCCAGAAUGUGAGCGGUAGCACCUGUUUGUGUUGGGCUGUUGGGCGGCAAUAGAGGCUGAUUAGGGAGGGGAUAAUAUGUAAGAGUUGUAAAAUGAACAAUAUUCUUAGACUUUUGUUCCGUUUUGUUUUACUGGUGGGUGUGUUGGGUGUGCCCCGUAAGGAGAACUAGAAAAAAAGAAAAAAAAUUAUUUAAACAAAACAGUACGAGAAAAUAAUAGCUUUUACAAAAGACGGAUUAUACAAAGACUAAUCAGAGGCGCGAAAGUCAGCGUUAACGGACAAGGGAAAAAUGUGUAUUUUGCAACUAGCGUGUACUGGAAUCGAACGAUCCUUGUCCAUCAGUUCCUAGCCGGAAGGGAAAAAUGUGACAUUUUGUUUAUUUAUACGGUUCAUUUAUCGAUAGAUCUAUUUUGCGCGAAUAAAUAAAAUAUCAAAACGAAACCGAAACCGUACACCCAAUGGGCACCGAGUACUGUGCCGAAGCACGUGCCAGCAAUGUGUGUAUUCUCCGCCUUCCACGGUUGCACAGGUCCGUUACCGUUGCGUUGUGCGCGUUGUGUGCGUGUCGGGAAUGUGUGUCCCGUUUCGCGCCGUGCGUGUCAUGCGCAGUCGAAGUCCUGCAACUUCCUCGACGUGAAAUGUCAAACAGCCUUGUUGGUCGUCAAACAACGGCGAAAAAAAUCAAUCGAUAGACAUAUAGGCGCUUGCUGCAGAUUUUGUCAUGGUGCUACACUCCGAAAUCCAUCACCACCGUGUACCGUGAAUUCGCGGAACCGAAGGCAACCGUAGCGAAGGAAUUGGUGCCAAAUCCGUGUCUGUUGUGCCAGCGUGUGCGUGCCAAAACAAGUCCUGCCAAAAUUCUUCCCACAGCGGCCACUGUGUUUGGAAGGGCCAGGCUCCAGACUCCCCCCAAAAUCUGCCACAAUGAUUCCACGUAGCUAAAACUGUCUCACCAAUCGACUGCGUAGCGUUCUUUGCAGGCUUGUUUGAGUGGAAAUAGUGUUUGCAAAGCACUUCCCAUACAGUAGGACCAGCACUUAAGAGGUUUAUUCCUUCCUUCAAUCCCGAGUGGAGCAACAAAAAAACCGAACAGUACCUCCGUAGGCAAAUAGGGCUUGCAGCAAACGAGCAUGAAAAAACAAAACGUACGGACCAUCUCCCUGAUCGUGUGUACGUUCACAUACCUGUUAAUUGGUGCCGCCGUGUUCGAUGCACUCGAGUCAGAGACGGAGAAGAAACGCUGGAAGGCGCUCAGUGCAAUCGAAAACAUCCUCAUCACACGGUACAACAUCAGCUCGGAAGACUUCAAAGUCAUCGAAACGGUGAUUAUGAAAUCGGAACCGCACAAGGCCGGCCAGCAGUGGAAGUUUUCGGGUGCGUUUUACUACGCCACCACAGUGCUAACGACGAUCGGGUACGGUCAUUCGACGCCCUCCACGGUCAGUGGGAAGAUCUUCACCAUGUGCUAUGCGGCCAUCGGCAUACCGCUGGGCCUGGUGAUGUUCCAGAGCAUUGGCGAGCGCGUCAAUCGGCUGAGCAGCGUGAUCGUGCACGCGGUGAAAACGUCAUUCAACUGCAAGAAAGCGAUCGCGUCCGAGAUUGAUCUGAUACUGGUCGUCACGACGCUCAGCUCACUGACCAUAGCGGGCGGUGCGGCAGCAUUCAGCAAGUUUGAAGGCUGGAGCUACUUCGACUCGGUGUACUACUGCUUCAUCACGCUCACGACGAUCGGUUUCGGUGACAUGGUGGCGCUGCAACGGGAUAACGCGCUGAACAAAAAGCCGGAGUACGUGGCGUUCGCGCUGAUCUUCAUCCUGUUCGGGCUGGCUGUGGUAGCUGCAUCGUUGAAUCUGCUCGUGUUACGUUUCGUUACGAUGAACACAGAAGAUGAGAAGCGUGACGAGGCGCAAGCGAUACAAGCAAUGCAAAUAGCGGUUAAGCUGGACGGUGAUAUCAUCACGGGGAACACCGACAGUGUCGAUGAACGGUGCUACGAUCGCAUCUCGGUCAUCAAUCCGCUGACGGUGUGCCACAACUGUCCGACCAAGUUCGAUAUGACGGAAGCAGGCAAUGGGUGUUACAUCGAUACGAGCUAUCGUUAUCCGUUGAUGGACUGCGAGAUGACGCAGCUACGAUCGCCGGCCGGUUUCAGCGGUCCGGGAAACAAUGGUCAACGGAUGCACGAUUUCGAAACCGAUGACGAUGGUCUAAUACGACCGUUACGGUACGAUUUCCAUCCCAGCCGUGGACGGGCAUCGGUUUGAACCCGACAAUUGCAUCUUGCAUCGUCUUACCGUACCAAACAUGCUACACAAAACACACGCGGGCGAACAGGCAGCGCACUAUGACAGAGGACGCAGCAGGCAGCUUAGCGGACCGCAAUGAACGCACAAGCAAACAUAAACACACACACACCACUCGAUAACGGUGGGUCAAUUAGUGGCCGCGAAUCAUCAUCUUCCUCUAAAUACUUUUGUAAGAAACAUCCCUUCAUGCGAAUGCGUACGAAUUGGUUUGUAAUAAGUAUAGCGUAAUAUGUAAGAGUGCGGAGAGGGUUGAUCAAAUUUUAGCAAUGAUAAAAAAGAAGAUAAAUUUAAAAUUCCGGGAACAAUCGGUUUGAGCGUUACGAAUAA